UCCGCACUGCGCCAAGGAUCUGUCCGAAAGCCGCUUACGACAGUUGCCUGGUGGGGCAUUCUUCCACCGCAGCUGCGGGUGCUGAACCUUGAGUUUAACGAACUUGAGGAGUUACCAGAAGAUUUCUUCAAAGGUUUGGAGAAACUGAAAGUCUUGUGGCUCACUGGAAAUCACUACCAACCAGGGGAGAAAGGUUACAAGAAGAUGAAGGCGGCUGGAAAUCGUUUGCAGCUGUUGCAUCCCAAGCAGUUUGAGGGCUUGGCCAACCUACAGGUGUUGCUUCUGCAUCACAACAGAUUGGAGACACUUCCCCAGAAGGUCUUUGAGGGUCUGAGGAAACUUCGUGUGAUGAAACUGCUGGACAACCAGUUCCAGCCAGCCUUAACCAGGAAACAUCCAGCCUUCAGCAAGCUCGGCAAAGUGCUACGGCAACUGGACCUUGAUGAGGACUCUGGUGAUGCUUUAGAAGACUUCUGAGAAAGCACAUCGACCUAUUUGUCUGAUGACUUCAGCGACGGCCCACUGCCAGAAAGGACCGACGAAGACGAAGAACUCUGAGAAAA